GUUGGACAUUACCUCACUCUGAGCGCUUUCUGGGGGGGAGAAACGAGCGAGUAAUUAGCUGAUUAGAGGCCCGUCAGAGCAGCUCAGGCUUCAGCCAAUCCCAGCUCACAGCGGCCUUCAGGGGUGGAGGAGGACGGCUGAUGGAGAGAGACGCACACCUUCGUGGUUUGUGAUGGUGCAGAGUGACAUGUAUGAGGAGAAUGUAAAGAAAGUGGCGCAGGAAUGCACACGCCAACGAUAGUAAUUUAGAAACUGCUAGAAAAAAGUAUAUAUUUUCUAGAUAUAACAGUCGUUAAUAGAAGUUGGUAAUGUGUCAGUGCUUCUUUUCGAACCGCACAUGAUCAUUUCCAGGUCGGUUUUUAACGAAAAACUUAAGGAAAACAUAUGAGUUUGUAACCGAAGAGGCUCCGCUGUCUGCGCUCUGACGCACGGCACAGGUGCGCACCGGCCACGCGUUCAUUCCUUCACGACUCUGCAGUGUCGCGCCUUUGGGUGAAGCCACCGUCAUGGAGAAAUCAAAAAACUUCAGAAUUGACGCCCUGCUCGCAGACGAGACCCACCGGGGCGGCCGGGACCUGUCCCCGGGUCUGAGCAGCGACAGCCCCGCGGGCAGCCCGGUCUCCUGCCGCCGUGCGGACACCCCGUCUCCGCGGGCCGUUCAACUCCAGACCGGACUAAUCCCCAAACCGAGUGUCCUGAAUCUCACCCAUCCGGGACUCGCUUCGCUGCCUCAGGGGGCGAUUCCCGGCAUGUACCCUGCGCCCAUGUACCCGCUAUCUGCGCUGGGUGGGCAGCACCCCGCGUUCGCCUACACCGGUUUUACGCAGCUAACGCAGACCUACCCGGAGCACCUGAAGGCGGCUGCCAUGGCUGGAUCUCUGCCCCUGGAGCACUGGAUCCGCGCCGGGAUCAUGAUGCCACGACUGCCAGAUUACAGCUCUGGCCCUCAGUCUGGCCUGUUGGGGAAAUGCCGGAGGCCCCGCACCGCCUUCACCAGCCAGCAGCUCCUGGAGCUGGAGAACCAGUUCAAACUGAACAAAUACCUCUCCAGACCCAAACGAUUUGAAGUGGCCACCUCGCUCAUGCUGACGGAGACACAGGUCAAGAUCUGGUUCCAAAAUCGUAGGAUGAAGUGGAAACGCAGCCGGAAGGCGAAGGAGCAGGCAACGGCCUCCAGCCAGUCUGAGACGGAGCGACUACGCAGCGGAGGAAAAACAGCCACCGACAAAUCGGAGAGCAGACGAGCCACGACUCCGGACGACAGAGGGAUGGAUCUGGGCUUGGAGGAUGGAGAGGAGGAGGAAGAAGAGGAGGAGGACGAGGAGGAAGAAGAAGAGGAGGAAGCCCAGCACGGUUUUCCAGUUGCUAUGGGCAACAGAGUUGGGAUGCCGCGAUCCACGGACUUCUUGAAGCACAGCAACGAUGUGGGCUACAAUCCCCACAGCCCUUUCUCUGAUGAUGAGCUGGAGGGAGUGCAAGUGGGCGGAGGGGACAGGAAGAUUGGAGCAGGACUGUGAAAAAAAACACCCAGAGAACACUGAUUUCCUGAGUGUUCCAGAGACAUCCCACCAGGAAAGUGUUUGUGGUCACUAGAGAAGGCAGUUUCCAAACCUACAGAUCUUUGUCUGGUUUGUUCUGUGAAUGUUUUUCCCAUCUGGACAUUUGUUGGGAUCACUAAUAAGCAGACACAAACACAGCAGGGGUGUCAAACUCAUCUUAGUUCAGGUUCCACAUUCAGCCCAAUUUGAUCUCAAAUGAGCCGGACCAGUAAAAUCACAGCCUAAUAACCUAUAAAUAAUAAUAACUUAAAAUAUUUCCCUUUGUUUUAGUGAAGAAAAGUACAUCCUAAAAAUAUUCAUAUUUAUGGAACUAUCUUUUUACUAAACAUUAUGAACAACUUGAAAUUUCUGAAGAAAAAUUAAUUCAAUUUCAAAAACAUUAUGCCUCAGUUUAUCAUUUACACAUUACAACUUACAGAUCACAACCUACACAUUUAGUCACAGUCAACAUUUAGUCUGGAACUGAAUGAUAUAGUAUUUUUCUUUUUUAAAAAAAGACAUUAAACAACAGAAACAAGACAAAAUAUUGCAAAAGUGAUACACAAAAUGACAACAGUGAGAAACAAAAUUGCAACAAUGAGACAAAAAAUUUACAAGGUGACAAAAAAAUGAACAAAUGAGAUAAAAAUGGCAAAAGCGUGAAACAAAACAGCAAAAACACAAAACAAUGAAUAAAGCAAAACACAAAAUGACAACCAUGAGACAAAAAAACACAAGCGAGACAAAAAGAAAACACAAAAUGACAAAAAUGAGAAACAAAACGACUAAAACGUGAGACAAACAAUUAAAGUCAGAUGACAAAAAACAACAAAAACAAGACAAGACAAAAGAACAGUGGGCAAUAUCAUAUUUUAAUUUAUCAUCAAAGCAACUUGUCAUGGUCUACAUUUUUUUAAAUUUAUAGUUUUACAAAUUUACACAUUGCAGUUAAUGUCUUCUCUGUGAUUUUCACCCUUUACAAAGUCGUCCUGCGGGACGAAUUGGACCCUCUGGAGGGCCAGUUUUGGCCCACAGGCCGCCUGUUUGACACCCCUGACUUACAGGAUUGUGACACAUAUGAUGUUUAAACUAUCUGUGAAUAAAAUCAUCUCUGUACUGUGCAUUUUGUAGCAUGCUGAAAAAAGAAAUAAAAAGAUGCUCACUUCCUCCCUGAA